AUGCCACAAGCAAGAGUGAAAUUUGGAUGUUGCGAAAGACAGACGUCAUCACCUAAUGCAUUAAGCUGUUACUCCUGUAAAAUCAAAUAUCAUCUUAACUGUGUCAACAUAAAAAAAUCAUUAAAAGAGUUACCAGAGGAAUUCAAAUCUAAAUGGACUUGUCCAUGUUGCUGUAGUAAGCUACCAAAAUUUGACAACACUAACACGCCAAUUAAAGCAACUACAAAUCAACCUGAAUCGGAUAGUGAGGAAUUCCCAAUAAAUAUAAACUUAAGAAGGGAUACAGUACAAAAGUUGGAAGUAUCCGUCGAAAAUAUACGGCAAAUUGUUAGAGAAGAAUUAGAAAGUAUUUUAGACAGUUUCAAAACUAAGAUAAUUAAACAGUUAGAGGUAAAAACAAAGGAAGUUCUUGAUAAAUUCAAUCAAAUAUCUAUGUCCAAAGUCGAAAGUCAACUGGAACAUAUUCAAAACGAAGUACAAUCCAAUUGUAAGAAAAUUAAUGUAUUAGAAUCUGAAAAUACAACACUACGAAGUACAAUCAUCAACCUUAACUACAGACUUACAUGA